UAGUUGUAAGUCGUAAGAAUGCUAUUUUCUUUCGAAUAGAAUGUGCAUUGUCGUGAUUUUACUUUCAUACGACCCUUGGCUAAAGUGCACAUUUUUACAUUUUUAGUGCAUCGCUUUUGAUUCUGAUCACAUAUGACUGACUCUAAGAAUCAUAGUUAUUGGAAACUUUUCAAACAUAUUGUUUUAAAAGGAUUUCAAGGAGGAGCACUUUUAGGACUUGCUAGUGCACCGUAUAUUGCAUAUCACCACGUUGACAGCUUUAGCUUUUCCAGUGGACAAGAUCUUUCUGCAACUUUGAACGUUGCUUGGAAAAUUACACAAGAAACUUCGUGGAAAGCGGCUACUUGGGGCUUGGCUGGUGGCGCUCUAUCGGGAGCUAUUGGAGUAGCUAAACUUAGUAUCAUGGAUCCCCUAGAUGUUCAAGGUCGUGUGGAAGCUUUGUCAGAAAGCAAAGGUCAACUUGAAAUGGAUCGCUUUGCAAAAUAUUCAGCCAUUGCUGGAGGCACUUUAUUUGCAUUGAAAUAUUUAGUGUCCACGCUUUCAAAUAUUCAAGGUGUCUCUGAUAAUACUUGGUCGUUCGAUGACGUCAAUAAGGACAUAUUCAAUAUGACUAGUUCUCUUUUAGGAGCAGUCGUGUACGGAGCUGCACUAGGAACUGCUGCGGGUGUUGCAAGUCAUUUAAUAUUCAAACCCGAGUAUAGACCUAGGAUAAAUAAGAUGCUUACGAACCUUUUCUAUUAGCUUAGAGCUUCAGAAAUUUUGUUGACUCUGAAACAAAUAACAGCCUUUGAAGAGUGGUGAUAAAUUCCCCCAAUUGUGU